CAUCUACCUCACAGCCGCUCGACGCGACGUCAACCACUCAGCAUGGCGUGCAAGGCUUUGGUCGUGGCAGCAGCAGUUGCACUCCUGGCGACGGCGACGAGCGGCUACCCCGGCUACGCAGAGGGCGGCUACGGGCACAACGUGCAGCUCGACUACCAUGCGCCGGCCAAGUACGACUUCGAGUACGCGGUGCACGACCCGCACACGGGCGACGUGAAGCAGCAGUCGGAGUCUCGGCACGGCGACGUGGUGCAGGGCCACUACUCGCUGGUGGAGCCGGGCGGCGCGCUGCGCACCGUCCACUACUCGGCCGACCCGCACUCGGGCUUCCGCGCCGUGGUGUCGCGGCCGGGCCCGCACGGACACCCCGAGGUCACCUACCACGGGCACGGCCACCACUGACGCCGCACCGCUCGCCGCUUUUGUAGAAACCUCCGCAAAUAAACUCGCACUUUGCACUGCAAAA